UGGAAAGCGUGCGGAGUGCGAACUUGUAAACAGCCCCAUCGUCAUGAAAGUUAAAGUAAUUUCCCGCAAUCCGGACAAUUAUUGUCGCGAAACCAAGGAUGACAUUCACAAGACGUUCCGGAACUACAAUCCAGAGCUGCACCCGUUCCAGGGAGCACGGGAAUAUGUGCGUGCGCUGAACGCAACCAAGCUGGAGCGUGUGUUUGCCAAACCGUUUGUCGGGAAUCUGGACGGCCAUAAGGAUGGCUUAGCGGUGCUGGCGAAAAACCCGCAGCAACUGUCGGUCCUCGCGAGUGGUGCUUACGAUGGAGAAGUUUGCAUUUGGGACGUCGCGAAUAAGAGGCGCAUGGUAUCGCUGGCCGCACACAGUGGCUACUGCCGGGGCAUAGCAUUCACGACUGACGGUGAGCGGAUCCUAACCGUCGGUGAUGAUAAAAACAUCAAAGUAUGGGACUACAAUCAGGACUGGGAAGAUGGGAACCGGGUGCAGAGGCCUCUAAACACCAUUCUGACGAAGGGCGUUUGUGUGGCGUUGUCGCACAGCUACGAUAGCUCGGCGUUCGCAACGAGCGGAGACACCUGCCACAUCUGGGACGAGGAACGGAAUGAGCCCCUGAAGGAGCUCAAGUGGGGCGUCGAUAUGGUGCACGAUAUCAAGUACAAUCCGAUCGAAACUUCUCUGCUGGCCGCGUGCUCAUCCGAUCGUGGCAUCAUACUGUGCGAUCAACGCGAAAAGAAGCCGCUCCGGAAACUGAUCAUGACCUUGCGUUGCAACCAGUUGGCCUGGAAUCCGAUGCGGGCGUUCAACUUUACUGUUGCCAACGAGGACGACAAUUUGUACACAUUCGACACGCGUUCGUUGAACGUGCCGAUCACGAUACACAGUGGACACGUGUCAUCGGUCACGUCUCUCGACUAUGCACCCACCGGGCGGGAAUUCACAUCCGGGAGCUACGAUAAAACGGUGCGCAUCUUCGAGGCCAACAAAGCGACCAGCAGAGAAAUCUAUCACACCAAACGGAUGCAGCACGUGACGUGCAUGGCGUGGAGCUUGGACAAUAAGUACAUCUUCUCGGGAUCCGAUGAGAUGAAUGUACGCGUCUGGAAGGCGAACGCGUCGGAAAAGCUGGGCUCACUGCAGGCCCGAGAGAAGAACGCUUUCAACUACAACGCGGCGCUGAAGGAAAAGUACGCGGCGCAUCCCAGCGUCCGGCGGAUCGCUAAGCACCGGCAGGUACCGAAAACGGUGUACAAGGAGCAAGAGAAGCUGCGCUCAGUUAAGCAGAAACAGAAGCGGAAGGAAGAGAACCUGAGACAAAACUCACGGCCGGGCAAAGUGCCGUACGUGCCGGAGCCUAAGAAAAAGAUUGUUCGAUUGGAACAUUGAACUGCACGCAUUUUGUUGCCACUAAUA